AUGCUCUCUUGGUAUAUCAAAUAUUAUUUCUAUGACAUUUUUUCGGGAAAAAUCAGCAGCGCAUAUCGGUUCAACCGCAGCACAUGCACGGCGUUCAGCAGAGAUGAAAAUUCAAGCAGAUGUGAAAUCGUUUUCUUGUGUUGUAUUGAAGUGAUCCGGAGGAUUCAGCACAUCCAGCAAUGGAUCGAGGACCGGGAGGCACUGCUUAUGAGAAAACUAUACGAUUGGUUGCUGCUGUCAUCCGUAUGCACCAUUAACGGCCGAAUGAUGGAAGGAGGGAGCGAUGAGGAAAUACGGACGAAUGGGACACAACUUGGCGGAAGAAGGAAAGAAACGAUAAAAAAAGAGUUUUUUCUCUCUGAUUUCGGUGCAUUCCCUUCUUUUUUCCGUUUUUCUUUUCUUCAUUUCACCGUUUGUGGAUAG